AUGGCGUCUGGACGCAAGGACUUUCUCAGCCAGCAGGCGCCUGAGAAUUAUGUGGCCGGUCUCGGUCGUGGUGCGACUGGUUUCACCACGCGAUCUGAUCUUGGACCCGCGCGCGAAGGUCCUACGCCGGAACAGAUCCAAGCUGCGCUGACGAAACGAGCAGCGCUCCUUGGUGCAGCAGCUCCUACAGCUUAUGGAGAAAAGUCCCGCGAGAAGGGUGGCAAGGAGGAGAAGGAAGAGGAGGACGAUGAACGGUUUCAGGAUCCCGACAAUGAGGUCGGCCUGUUCGCAUACGGACAGUUCGACCAGGAAGAUGACGAAGCGGAUCGCAUUUACCAGGAAGUCGAUGAGAAGAUGGAUCGUCGUCGCAAAGCUCGAAGGGAAGCCCGCGAGAAGCAAGAACGUGAAGACUACGAACGCAAGAACCCGAAAAUUCAACAACAAUUUGCCGACUUGAAGAGGUCGCUCGCGGCAGUCUCAGAAGAGGACUGGGCCAACCUCCCGGAAGUUGGUGAUCUUACAGGCAAGAACCGUCGCGCCAAGCAGAACCUUCGUCAGCGAUUCUACGCUGUUCCCGACAGCGUCAUUGCAGGUGCUCGAGAUUCUGCGCAGUUCGACACCACAAUCGCCGAUGACGGCACGGAAGGUGGAGGAGAAAACGCCGACGGAACAAUGACAAAUUUCGCAGACAUUGGUGCCGCUCGUGACAAGGUUCUCAAAGUGCGAUUAGACCAGGCUGCGCAGGGCUCAUCAGCCACCGCGGCUUCUUCGGGAAGUGCGACCAGCAUCGACCCCAAAGGCUACUUGACUAGCCUGACGCAAACGGAGAUGAAGGCCGGUGAAGUUGAAGUUGGCGAUAUCAAGCGAGUCCGACCUCUCCUGGAAUCAGUCACAAAGACGAAUCCUAAGCACGCCCCAGGAUGGAUUGCUCUCUCGCGUUUGGAGGAACUCGCUGGCCGCAUCGUGGCGGCUCGUCACGCUGCAGCCAAGGGCUGUGAGCUCUGUCCCAAGAGCGAAGACUUGUGGCUGGAAAACAUUCGAUUGAACGAGGGCCACAACGCGAAAAUCAUUGCUGCCAACGCCAUCAAGAAUAAUGAUCAUUCGACUCGACUGUGGAUCGAGGCUAUGAAGUUGGAGACUGAGACGCGUGCGAAGAAGAACGUCUUGCGGCAGGCCAUUUUGCAUAUCCCUCAAUCGGUUCAGAUCUGGAAAGAAGCUGUCAAUUUGGAGGAUGACCCGGCUGACGCCCGCCUACUUUUGGCCAAAGCCGUUGAGAUGAUUCCUCUGUCUGUGGAGCUGUGGCUUGCUUUGGCGCGUUUGGAGACGCCGGAGAACGCCCAAAAGGUUCUCAACGCAGCGCGUAAAGCAGUUCCCACCAGUCACGAAAUUUGGAUUGCCGCUGCUCGACUGCAGGAACAGAUGGGUACUUUCGACAAGGUCAACGUAAUGAAGCGUGCUGUGCAAUCACUUGCCAAGGAGAACGCCAUGCUCAAGCGCGAGGAAUGGAUCGCCGAAGCCGAGCGAUGUGAGGAGGAAGGAGCCAUUCUCACCUGUGGUGCCAUCAUCCGCGAAACACUCGGAUGGGGAUUGGACGAAGAUGAUGAUCGCAAAGACAUUUGGAUGGAUGACGCCAAGUCCAGCAUUGCUCGCGGCAAGUACGAAACCGCUCGCGCCAUCUACGCGUAUGCGCUGCGAGUCUUUGUCAACCGUCGUUCGAUCUGGCUUGCGGCCGCGGACCUCGAGCGAAAUCAUGGCGACAAGGAGGCUCUUUGGCAAGUCCUCGAGAAGGCCGUGGAAGCUUGCCCACAGAGCGAAGAGCUUUGGCUCCAUCUUGCCAAAGAGAAGUGGCAGUCAGGUGAAAUUGAUGAUGCGCGACGAGUCUUGGGUCGUGCUUUCAAUCAGAACCCCAACAAUGAGGAUAUUUGGCUUGCCGCUGUCAAGUUGGAAGCCGAUGCCAAACAGACCGAUCAAGCUCGCGAGCUACUCUCGACAGCUCGUCGUGAGGCUGGUACCGACCGUGUCUGGAUCAAGAGUGUCGCUUUCGAGCGGCAAUUAGGCAACAUCGACGAGGCUUUGGACCUUGUCAACCAGGCAUUACAGCAAUAUCCCAAGGCUGACAAGCUCUGGAUGAUGAAGGGUCAAAUCUACGAGUCACAAAACAAGUUCCCUCAGGCACGCGAAGCGUACGGUACCGGCACACGAGCCUGCCCCAAGUCGGUUCCUCUCUGGCUUCUAGCAUCGCGACUUGAAGAGAAAGCCGGUGCAGUGGUUCGAGCUCGAUCUGUUCUUGACCGAGCGCGUCUCGCUGUACCUAAGAGUCCCGAGCUCUGGACUGAAAGUGUUCGCGUCGAGCGACGCGCUAACAACAUUGCUCAGGCCAAGGUUCUCAUGGCCCGAGCCUUACAAGACGUUCCUGCAUCAGGUCUUUUAUGGAGCGAGAGUAUCUGGCACCUUGAGCCGCGGGCCUCGCGCAAGGCACGUAGCCUGGAGGCCAUCAAGAAGGUUGAGAAUGAUCCGAUCCUGUUCAUCACGAAGGCUAUCGUUGCGGAUAGCGACUAUGGUGAUGGAUGGGCGUGGUACUACAAAUUCUUGCUGCAGCAUGGCACGGAGGAAAAACGAGCAGACGUGAUCUCAAAGUGCGUCAUCACAGAGCCCAAACACGGCGAAGCAUGGCAAUCCAUCGCAAAAGACCCGGCUAAUGCAUCUAAGCCAACAGAAGAAAUUCUGAAGCUUGUUGCUGAAGCGGUCAAUUAA